AUUUGGCGCCAACUUGUGUCAGGAGAGAGACCCGAGUGUAAACAAAAGCACGUGAAGGCUUGUGUGUGUCUUUCCAGGCCUUUAUCUUCCUCCCAACAUGCCAGGCGUGAACGACUGGACCCUGGAGCCCUGCAAAGUGGUGGAGAGGAUAUUCGAGGAGUGUGGAGCGGCGGGACCAUGGAGGGAGAGAGUAAAACAGCAUUUUGAGGCGGAGGUACAACAGCCGGCCGUCCUAGAGAAGAUCCCAUGGCUGAAUGAGACAACGCUGGACAGUUUGCGGGGCGGCCAGCUGGUGCGUUUCCGGGGGAUGGUGCAGGACAUGCUGGGAAAGGAGUUCUUCUCUGAUGUGUACCAGGUGACGGCUGAGGGUGGUGAUGGUGGUGGCUCGACAAAACUCCUUCCUGGCCGGUACAAGGAUGUGGUGCAGUGUGGGGCAGUAGAGAGCCUGGACACUGGUGGGCCGGGGUGUGAGACAGGAGACAGACUGGUGUACUACUGCAUCCCCCUGCCCGGCGAGACACACUGGGUCAAGCAGGUUUACCAAGACAACAGCCCCGCCCCACCCACCACUCACGCCUCAUUGGGACAGGCCAGGCAGAAGAGGCCGGCAGACACCACAGAGAGAGAGAGAAACAUUCUUAAGGACCUGGCUACUCAUCUCUGUGGCCUUGGAGAAUGCAUGGAAACAGAUGAGGGAGAGGCAGAGGAAAGGAAGAGAGUGAGAGGGGAGGGAUGGGGGGAAGCCAAUGGUGGCGCCCCCUCCACCUCCACCUCCACCUCCACCUCCACCACUACCUCCUCCUCCACACCUGAGCUUAACUUCCCCUUGCCAGGCAUGAAGGGCACACCUGCACUUGUCAAGCUGUAUGAGGAGGAGGGCUUCACGCUGAACCAGGUGAUUGAGGUGGUGGCGGUGUUGUCAGUCAGCCCUGCCCUCACUGCCCCGCCCUCCCCUGACCCCUCCCCUGACCCUGGCUCCCCCAUGGACCUGUGGGGGCCUGGUGAGGCAGAGGGCCACUCCUCUGCCCCCCCCUCCCUUGUACCCAGACUACACUGCAUAGCUCACAGGGUCAUGAAACACACCAACCCCCUCAUCUCCUCCUCCUUCUCCUCCUCCUCUUCCUCCUCCUCUUCUGCCUUCUCCUCCUCCAGGGAAGCGAGGGCAGUGCUGAGGGAGGUGCUGGUGGAGGUGUGUCUGGGUGACGAGGUGGCCGCUGAACACCUGCUGUGCCACCUGCUGUCUGCUGUUUAUGGGAGGCAGGACGUGACAGUGUUGGGGAAGUACUGUGUGAAUCUGUCAGGUGUGGAUCAGGAUUUGCAGCGACAACAUUACUGCAGGUUUGUGUACCAAGUGCUGACCUCCCUGGUGACACAAGCCCACCUCCUGCCCCUCACCCUGCACAACAUCAACAAGGCUGUGUUUGUGCCAAAAAAGAACUACCAGACAGACCGGCUAACAAGUGGGCUCCUGCAAUUACCAGAGCACACCCACCUGGUCCUGGAUGAGACGUCUUUGGUGGAGGGCCAGGUGGACAGGACUGGGGUGGCCAACCUGACAGCGCUGGGGAACAUGAUCAGCUGGCAGAAGGUUGAUUAUGACUUCCAGUUCCACGUUAUUGAGCAGCUCACCAACCUUCCAGUGCUGGUCCUUAGUGAGGGGAAGUCCAUGCUGCCCAGUGACGCUGAGAUAAAACUGCAGCCCAGGCGGAGGGACGUGGAUGAGACGGAGGAAAGUGGAGGAACUUCUCUCCACUGCCUCUUCCCCUCCACCCUGCCCCUCCUCCGCUGCUACAUCACCUCCGCCCGCCAGGGAGAAUAUGUGCUGCCCGAGGACUUGCAGAAGGUGGUGCAAGAAGACUUUAUGGCAAGCAGGAGGAGGAAUGAAUCUUUCUCAGCCACAGACCUUCACAGACUGUUAGUGCUAGCCAGGUUGCAGGCGCUGAGUCACGGGGAGACUCAACUAACCAGGGAACUCUGGGACAAAACCAAGGCUGUAGAAAACGAGAGGAAAACUAGACUGCCCCCGCCCUCCUCCCCCUCCACCACCUAAAGGUAACACACACACACACACACACACACACACACACACACACACACACACACACACACAC